AUGAUAUUACCCCUGUGUAUGAUGACGGCGAUCAACUCCUUCGUAUUCAUACUUCCGGUUGACUCUGGUGAGCGAGUUGGGUUCUCCAUUACAAAUCUCCUGUCAAUUGCUGUAUUUCUCACGAUUGUGACAGAAGCUCUCCCGGAGGCGUCCAUGCCUCAGAUAUCCAUACUGUGCUAUCUUCUACUCACUCAGAUGGCUAUGAGUGUAUUAAUUAUGCUUCUGACCAUCCUCUCGGUCAAGGUCUACCUAUCAGAUGAGGAGAAAGUACCACAACAUUACAUCAAAUUCGUUAAUAUUAUGGGAUAUAUUAAGUGUCGGAAGAACAAAUCCGAAACCGCCAUAGUGACACCAACAGAGAUAAGUGUAACAUCCGUGUCACGUGAUACGAAUGAAAAGAAAGAUGUUUCGCGAAAGAAAACUCCAGCUGAACAGAAAAAACCUACGACAGCGGAAUACACCACGUCUAAAAGUGAUGACGAAGUUGCCAUCACAUGGAAGACAGUGGGAAAGGCAUUUGAUAAGGCGAGUCUUCUGUUUAUCAUCAUGACGUCUCUGGUCAUCAACAUGGCCUUUAUGGUUUACCUGAUCCAAGCUUACUUCUGA